GGCGCCACAGAAACAAUUCCUGAGGCGGUCCCUGUACUAGCCGCAGCUCCAGUCUAGCGGAGCCGGGGCGGGGGGCGUCCGCAUCUGCUGCAGGAGCGCUCCAAGGGAGACCUGAAACUCGCAAGACAUGUACUUCCUUGGACUGUUGUCUUUGCUGGUUUUGCAAAGUAAGGCCUUCAGCACAAAUUUUCCUAAUGAAGCUAUUGCAGAGUUUUCAGUGAACAUUUAUAAUCAGCUGCGGGCCACCGGGGAAGAUGAGAAUAUUCUAUUCUCUCCUCUGAGCAUUGCAAUUGCCCUAGGCAUGGUGGAGCUUGGAGCUCAUGGAUCCACUUUGAAAGAAAUUCGACAUUCCCUGGGAUAUGACAGCUUGAAAAAUGGUGAAGAAUUGUCAUUCUUGAAGGACCUUUCUGAUAUGGCAACUACUGAGGAAAGCCAGUACGUGAUGACAAUUGCCAACUCCCUCUAUGUUCAGAAUGGAUUUCACAUCAGUGACAAAUUUUUGCAAUUGGUGAAAAAAUACUUUAAAGCUGAAGUAGAAAAUGUAGACUUUAGUCAAAGUGCAGCUGUAGCUAACCACAUCAAUAAGUGGGUUGAGAAUCAUACAAAUAACAUGAUCAAAGAUUUUGCCUCAUCAAGGGAUUUCAGUGCUCUAACUCAUUUGGCCCUCGUCAAUGCAGUCUACUUCAAGGGAAACUGGAAGUCGCAAUUCAGACCUGAAAACACAAGGACUUUCUCUUUCACUAAAGAUGAUGAAAGUGAAGUGCAGAUUCCAAUGAUGUACCAACAGGGAGAAUUUUAUUACGGAGAGUUCAGCGAUGGCUCCAAUGAAGCAGGAGGUAUCUAUCAAGUUCUGGAAAUACCAUACGAAGGCGAUGAGAUAAGUAUGAUGAUAGUUCUUUCCAGACAGGAAGUUCCACUAGUCACACUGGAGCCAUUGGUCAAAGCCCAGUUGAUUGAGGAAUGGGCUAACUCUGUGAAAAAACAAAAAGUGGAAGUAUAUCUACCAAGGUUCACAGCAGAACAGGAAGUUGAUCUGAAAGAUGUUUUGAAGGGUCUUGGAAUCACGGAAGUAUUCAGCAGAAAUGCUGAUCUCACUGCAAUGUCUGAUAACAAAGAGCUUUACCUUGCUAAAGCAAUUCACAAGUCGUUCCUAGAAGUCAAUGAGGAAGGUGCGGAAGCUGCUGCUGCCUCAGGAAUGAUUGCCAUUAGUAGAAUGGCUGUGCUGUACCCCCAGGUUAUAGUCGAUCAUCCAUUUUUCUUUCUGGUCAGGAACAGGAGAACAGGUACUAUCUUGUUCAUGGGAAGAGUCAUGCACCCAGAAGCAAUGAAUGCAAGUGGCCAUGACUUUGAAGAACUUUAACUGAUAACGCCACACACUAAAAAGGAAGGAAAUAAGCACACUGAGUUUAUAAUUGAUAUAUUUAAGGUUUGCUGUGUUUUACAAUGUACCUUAAGACACUGUUUAAAUACUUCCAUAUUUAACGCGGUUUAAGUUACAAGCCAAGUUUAUGGAGGAAAGCUUUCAGUAUUAAAAUAAUGGUUCUGUUGCUGUCAUUGUGAUUGCUGUGUCAGUCCUUAAAAUAAAAUCGUAUACAUGUCAA